AAUGAAAGUGUUUUUGUUGGUACAACUUUAAGACUUUUGCCCAGUAUCCCAAAGGAGCAGGCAGUCCCUACUGAUAAUCCAGUUAGUAUCCAAGCAAAAACUUCUACACAUGAAGAUCCCGAGAAAGUUGGAGAUUUGCAAAAUCUAUGUACUAAUAGUGGAACUAGCAAAUGCAUGCAUUGUGAAUUUGUUGGGGACUCCGUUUCUUUAGAGAUGCACAUUAAAAAGAACCAUGCAAAGGCAUUUGAAUAUUACUGUAAAGCAUGUAAUUUCUAUGCUCCAACACACAAGGAUAUGAGCACACAUGCAUCCUCUGAGACCCAUAAAGUCAAUCGUCAGUCACCCCCUACUUUGCCUUCUUCACUUGUGGAAAAAGAGGAGAGUGAUGUACAAGAAUUGCCAGACAAUGUUUCUAGUGAAAAUGUUGUAGAAUUUGAUCAGAACCUACAAUCAAGUAAUGAGAGUACAGAUCAAUGCCUGGUUUUACAAGUAAAGACCAAUACUAGCAUUGAUACUUCUCAAGCUGAAGCUGAAUCUGAACCCCAAAAAGAUUGUGAAAGCACAAAAGAAAACACAGAAUUUCUAGAAAAAGGUGAAAAGUGGGAACAAACCAAUCCAAUUGCGUGUAGUGAACAGGGCAGCCCGGUCCCUGAAGUUACUGCUCAAAUAUGUUUGAACCAUGAAAACUCUGAAGAGAAAGGUACAUUUACCAGUGAUGAAGCUUUGAAGGUUUCAGAUAGUGAAGUAGUGACUCAAGUUUUAUCAGAACCUACUACCAUUGAUAGCACAAGUAAUGUUCACAACGAACACACAUUUGAUUCUUCAAUUGUAAAGCUAAAAAUUGUUUGCAACGAAUCUUCAGAUAUAACCUCUACACCUAGGAUUAGUAAUAAAGUACAAGACCCACAAGUGGCAAAAAAGAAGAAAGCCAAUGGAAAUGCUCAAGGAGAUGCAAACCGAAUACGAUGCAAUGAUUGUGGCUUCCUAGCUGAUGGCCUUAGUGGGCUAAAUGUUCAUAUUUCCAUGAAGCAUCCAGUGAAAGAAAAACAUUUCCACUGUUUGCUGUGUGGUAAAUCCUUUUUUACAGAAAGUAAUCUACAUCAACAUUUGGCCAGCAUUGGUCACAAUAAAAAUGAGUUGGCCAGUUUUGAAGAAUGGCCAGAAGGUGGUGGAACAUUUAAAUGUGUGAAAUGCACAGAACCAUUUGAUUCUGAACAGAGUUUAUUCAUACACAUUAAAGAACAGCAUGAAGAAUUGCUCAGAGAGGUUAACAAAUACAUCGAGGAGGACACGGAGCAGAUUAAUAAGGAAAGAGAAGAAAAUCAGGGGAAUGUGUGCAAGUACUGUGGCAAGAUAUGUAAAAGCAGUAAUUCCAUGGCAUUCCUUGCCCAUAUCCGAACUCAUACAGGCUCAAAGCCAUUUAAAUGCAAAAUAUGCAACUUCGCAGCAGCUCAACUUGGAGAUGCCAGAAACCAUGUGAAGAGACACCUUGGGAUGAGAGAAUACAAGUGUCAUAUUUGUGGGGUGGCUUUUGUUAUGAGAAAGCAUCUGAACACCCAUUUACUGGGCAAGCAUGGAGUUGGAACACCAAAGGAAAGGAAAUUUGCCUGUAACGUCUGCGAUAGAAGUUUUAGAGAGAGAUGGGCCCUGAACAACCACAUGAAGCUGCACACGGGCGAAAAGCCGUUUAAAUGUACCUGGCCCACAUGCCAUUAUUCUUUCCUCACGGCCUCUGCCAUGAAAGAUCAUUACAGGACUCACACAGGCGAGAAGUCGUUCUUGUGUGACCUUUGUGGCUUCGCUGGUGGGACGCGUCACGCCCUUACUAAGCAUCGGAGGCAGCACACAGGUGAGAAGCCAUUCAAGUGUGAUGAAUGCAAUUUUGCUUCCACAACUCAGUCCCAUUUAACAAGGCACAAGCGAGUCCACACAGGGGAGAAGCCGUACAUGUGUCCAUGGUGUGAUUACAGGUCAAACUGUGCUGAAAAUGUCCGCAAGCACAUUUUGCACACUGGCAAGCAUGAAGGAGUAAAAAUGUACAACUGUCCAAAGUGCGAUUAUGGAACCAAUGCCCCAAUGGAGUUUCGUAACCAUCUCAAGGAACAGCAUUUAGAUAUUGAAAACCCAGAUUUGGCAUAUCUUCAUGCAGGCAUCGUCUCAAAAUCUUUUGAGUGUCGACUGAAGGGACAAGGUGCAAACUUUGUAGAAACCAAUAGCCCAUUCACCGCCAUUACACCUGCUGAUCCUCCAGUGAAAGAAAAUGUCCGAACCACUAGGAAAGUCUCCCAACCAACUGAACAAGUUCAGCAAGUCAUUAUCAUUCAAGGAUUUUCCAAUGAAUAUGAGGGUAAUUUUUCUAUUGACACUUCUGUGGAGGAAACUGCAGCAGCCACCCUGCAGACCCUGGCCAUGGCUGGUCAGGUGGCAAGAGUCGUGCACAUCACAGAAGAUGGUCAAGUUAUAGCAACUGAUCAAGCUGCUCACAUGGGCAACAUCAUUUCUGGUGAAAUCCUUAGUGAGCAGUUGCCUGAAGGAACAACACAAGUUGUCGUGGUUGAAGGACCAAUGGAAGAAACAGAUGUUGCCGAGUCAGUUGCCAUAGAGACUGUAACUGACUCUGAGGGCAAUGUGGUACAGCAAGUGAUGGCGCAGAGUAUUUUAGACACAGCACAGGGUGUACACACGUCUGAUUCCUCUUCUGCUCUAGAUGCUUUGCUAUGUGCUGUAACAGAGCUAGGUAAUGUUGGAGACGUAGAGCGACAACCCAGUCUAGAACAUCAAGCAAUUGAAGAGUCAUUCGUGAGGAUGGCUAAUCAGGGCUCUGUGGAGUCUAAUAAUGAGGAAAUCCAGGUCUACCAUGAAAUGCAUGAAGAUGAGCAAGUAGUUGAACAAAUAGGGGUUGUCCAACAAGUCAUGCACUCUUCCCAGGAAUCUGCUUUCAAAAACAUGGUCCAGGGGGUCUUACAGUUUGCAGUAUGUGAUUCUGCUGCCGCUGAUCAUCUGCUUCAAGAAGGAGUCACACAAGUCAUUGUAAAUGAUGAAGGUACAGUACACAUGGUUUCCAGAGAAGGGCCUCAUAUAAUAAUGCACAACACAGAAAGCCAUACUCUUAGGCUGCCUGAACAACAGAUGAGAUUAGUUGAGUGUGAGGACGGAGAAAUCUCACAGAUCAUUGUCACUGAAGAAUUAGCCAGAGCUAUGGUUCAAAAUAGCAAUGACCAUUUUGAGGAAGGUACCACACAUUAUAUAGUGACUGGACUACCACAAGAAGACAAAGAUUCCAACAUGUAUUCACAUACUGUCAUAGAAACCGGUGAAAAUACCGGUAUUAUUCAUACCGAAACCAUUAUGGACACACAGAUAUCUGAUACCGCCUCAGAAGAAGUUAACAGCAUGAUUGUCUACACUGAGUGACCGUCAACAAUAGAGGAGCCAACACACCAUGAAAGGCCAGGAAUCUACAAUUGAUAAGUGAUUUUGUAGAGCGUCAUGUCUUCCUUGUUUGUUAUUUGCAAAGUUGUUUUUAAUCUGCCCAUUACAACUAAACAUUAAGAAGAAUCUAAUGUGGAAAGAAGAAUCUGUUAUAUGAACUCACAGAAAAGAAAAUCACUAGCUGUUAGAUAAUCCAAUAAUGGCUGAGUAAUUACAUUGUGUGGCAGUGUUAUAUCGCUGCCAGGGGCUACUUUGCAUUGUUUUUCAGCAUUAUUCCUACAUUUUUCUGUUAAAGUUGUGAUAUAUUGUCAUCUUUUAACACCAUAGGAACGUUCAGAAUUUUGCAACAGUGUUAAUUGCUAUAUAUAUUUUUUAUUUUCCCCCCCCCCCAGAGUUUCUGUUCUACAUUUCUUUAUAGGAGAUUUCAGUCACGAUAAUCUAUGUUUAAUCAGACAUUAUCACAAAUUGCUCUUGGCUGCCAUACCGCUUUUUCAGUUCAACGGGACUGUGAUAUGGAUGACCUUUCCUUAUGAGAGGCCAUCAAUAUCAAAUCAGUGGGGAUCCAACUACUGGCACACCAGACAGUCAGCUGACGGCACAGCACUCACUUGAAUGAGACUGAGCUGCAGUAAGGCGCAAUACCUGGAGCAGCCGCUUAAAAAGUGUGGAGAUGUGCCUAAUAAACAAUGUGGGCAUAGCAUUUUCUGGACUAUCAUUGCCCCUUCUGUCAGCUGAUAAUUUAGUGUUCGUGAGUUGGAUCCCAAAAAUUCUAACACCUAAACAUAGCCCAUCAGUAUUGAGUUGAAGUAGGUCACCCCCAAAAUUCAUUUCAAGGUGAGCAUACAGCCAAGUGUAGGUGCCCCAAAACAUUACCAUACCAUUAUUGUAAAAAUCCAGUUCUCUAAUUAGUGUUUAUUUUGGGGCAUCUACCCUAUAUGGCAGUAUGCUUACGUUGAAACUGAUUUUGGAGUAGACAGACUACAUUUAAAGGUAUUGUCAGACUUUUUUUGAUAUUUCCAAACUGCCAGAAGCAUGUUGAAAUAAUUAAAAAACUUACCUUACAUUUCCUAAACCCCCUCUGAUCCAGUGUCAGUGCUCUGUCCUCUCCCCCAGACUACAGCUAUGACAUCUUGUUUUCACUGCAAUAGUGAUUUGCCUAUAUACCACACGUUACCGCCAAUCACUGACCACAUCGGUCUUGUGCCAUGCACCACUGGGGCCGGUGAUUGGCUAUAGAAGUAUUCAGGAUAUCAUUGCUGAAGGCAAAAUGAUGUGUCACAGCCUCAGCCUGAAAGAGAGGACAGUGCAGCAGCUCUGGAUCGAGAAGGGGUUGGUAGGGUACGUUUUUUCAUUAUUUUAAGAGGUUUCUGGAAGCUUGGACCUCUACAAAAGGAACUCUGACAACCCCUUUUAAUAAAAGAAUCUCUGAUGUCUUCCUUAUUCUACCACUUGUUAUUUGAUGUUCUUGACCAGCAGUUUAACACUGUUCACAUCUUCGUCAUGCCAUCCAUUCAAAAGGACUCAUGAUCCAAAUCUGGAUCAGUCAUUCAACAAGUUCAAACAGCCCCUUGGACCAUAUUGAUUUAUAAUGUAGUUUGGCAGAGUUCUGUUAAGGUUUCUUUCAUUUCGAUGGCAAGAACAGUGCUGUAUGGCGGGCUAUUCUUGCCUCUGACUGAACGGCCAACAGAAUACAGGUGAAAAAAUAACCUUAGUCCAUUGUGCACAUUUACAUGGUCCUUCUCCACGGUUGUCUGUCUGCAAUUUUUCAUGUGUGACAAAUAUAGGGCUUUUGAUUGUUGAUGGAAUUCUGUAAACAAGAAUACAUGAUAUUCUAGUUUGAUAUUAGCUUGUAUGAACAAUUAAAUAUUUUUUGUGGUCUCCAAAAGAUUUUGCAUCCAAAACUGCAUAGGGCUUGUACAAAGGUGCCUAUAUGGAUACUUGCACUGACUGGCACAUUCACUAUUAUGUGCCACCAUGGCAUUCCAGGCAUGUGAUUAUUUGCUGAUAUUGAAAGGAUGAGACACAUUCAUUCCAUAUUAACAGUACACUGUACAGUUUAUUUAGUUGGAGGUAAAUGAAGUGAAAUUUUUAAUAACUUCAGUAGGGCGACACUUACCGAAAUCCAGCAAUAACCAGAGGAGGACAGCUUUUGUUUUGUAGGUAUCCAUUGUCUAGAAUCUUGUUUUUACUGGAUAUUAUAACUUGAUCCACAGAUGGGCAGAUUCAUUACUCUGCAGAAGUCUAUUUCUUCUUUUUAUUGCAGUUAAUUGUCAACCGGAGCAUUAUGCUUGACUUGGUUAUAGAACCUGCUGUUGUAAUAUACAUCAUUUAUGCUUCGUUUUGCUGGUAUUCUGAUUUCUGUGUAAUGUUAGUUAAAUGCUUUCAUGAGCAAUUUAAGGGUUAUAAAAUGUCAAAUAUAAUGUUUCUUCCUAUCAAAUUGUUACAAUUGCGUUUUGUUUUCAAAU